AUGGAGUGGUUAGGCCGGGCCAGAAUCAACUUCACGCAUUCGCCGUCCCCCGUGGCCCUCCAGGAGAAAGAUGGCUCAAAGACGGAUCUGCUCAAGAUCUGCGAGAAGGUUACACCGCCGUGCCAGAUGAACCCUCUUCUCCUGAACGGCCACUUGCAAACCAUGUGGACCGCCACCAAGCAGCAUGGACCUCCGGUGUACUAUCGACGAAAGGUCUUCGACGCCGACUCCAAGGCUUUUGAGGGCACCUUCGCUGUCGAUUUCGUCACGGAGCCGUUCGAGGAGACAGACGACACCCUGCCUCCCCGAACGGUCUACUUCAAGGACCAGGACUUUGACACGCUGGCGUCUGACGACGACCGCCCGCAGCUGGUUGUGCUUCACGGUCUUUCCGGAGGGUCUCAUGAGAUUUAUCUCAGACAUGCAAUUGCACCGCUGAUUGAUUCGGGGAAUUGGGAGAUUUGCGUGGUCAACUCGAGAGGCUGCGCCAAGAGCAAGUUCACCAGCGGCACCUUGUAUAACGCAAGGGCAACUUGGGAUUUCAGACAGACGGUCAAGUGGUUGAGGCAGAAGUUCCCCAACCGGCCCCUGUUUGGCUUGGGCUUCUCGCUCGGUGCUAACAUGUUGACAAAUUACUGUGGCGAGGAGGGUACCAACUGUCUGUUGACAGCUGCUAUUGUUUGCUCCAACCCUUUCAACUUGGAGGUGUCCAACAAGGCGCUGAAGAGGACUUUCAUCGGCAGAGAGGUUUACCAGAGAGUUAUGGGAGAGAGUAUGAAGCAACUCAUCAAUGGCCACAAAGAAGAUAUCCAGAAGUACACCAAACUAGACUUGGAGCGCCUUCAGAAGGUUACGUAUCUCUGGGAGUUUGACAGAGAAGUCCAAUGCAUCAGCUGGGGAUACCCCACCGAAUCUGCCUACUACAGAGAUGCAUCAUCUUGCGAUGCCGUCUUGGCCAUCAGAGUCCCUUUCUUGGCUCUACAUGCAACGGACGAUCCGAUUGCGGUUGAAGAGGCAAUCCCGUACGAGGAGUUCCGAAAGAAUCCCUACACGGUUUUGUGCACAACCUCUCUGGGUGGUCAUCUUUGCUGGUUCGAGCCCGGCGGCGGAAGAUGGCACGCAAAGCCGGUUACAAACUUCUUCAACCACAUGGCAUUCAACGUCAACCACGACUCACUACCCCCCAAGACCAACGCGGCUCCCGCCACGAAUGGCUCCGCAGAGUACCACUUCGACCCUGUAAAGCACAGAAUGGAGAUCAGAGCCAGCGACUCAUGA